AUGCCAGCCCGUCAGAAGCAGGGCCAUGCCAUUCCCGCCGUCCCCGAAUGGCGCCGCCGCGGUGCCACCAUUUACCUCAAGGUGAACCUGAAUUGGGAGGGAAACGACCUGACAUUCCCUUUUGUGGAUGUGAAGGGGGCGUCCUUCCAGGCCUCCAUCAAGUACGACUUGGCUGAGAAUAUCACCAUCGAAUACGCCAAAGGGCUUCUCUCCACCAGUUGGGACAAGGUGGAGCUUAGCCGCCUCGCAAAGGCCAACAACUCCCUGAUGGUGUACUGGUGCCGAAAUGCCCGGCUCAAGUCCCUGCGACACGAGGCCCGAUACCCCAACCCGCGAAGCCCAAGGCCCGAUCCCGCCUCUCUGCCGUCGUCAGCUUCCUCUUCCGCCGACAACGGCGCCACGGCCGGCCCGCGUGGAACAUACAAUCCUGACCGAGCGACGGGUCAGCGAGGAGUGGUCAUCGACGAAACAUCUCCGGAUCUCUCGAAGUUUACACACAUCGAGUCAUCAAGGGGUGUGUGGGCCCUCCUUUUGCGGCCUGGGUAUCGCGGCUCGGGGAUCUGCGAUGGUGGGGGGUCGACGGGAAAGGCAUCGUAUCAAUCGAGGUAG